GUGUGGUUCUUCUGGUGUGCACCCAUAAUCUAAUUAGGACGGCAAUAGAUAUCUUAGGACAGGACCUCGUGAAGAGGGUGAAUACUGCAACUGCCUGUUACCUGAUGUGACUGUGUGUCAUGUGCUCAUCUGUCGUAGGACUGGUCUGAGAAAGAGAAGUAGAUCCUCAGCACUGCAAGAUUGGUUUGGUUCCAUACGGAUCUGAGAUGUCCGAGACGAAGCAGGUCGGAGAAGACAGAAGUGAAAAUAUUCAAGCAAGCCUCAGCCAAGCUGACAGUGACAAUGAAUUGUGCAGACUCCCCAACAAGAAGGAUUUGCCUCAGAUGUCUCAGGAGUCUUGUGCUGAUGGGAAAUCUCCUGCUCCCAGAAAACGAAAGUCUCAAAAUACAAAGGAUAUCAGAUUAUCAUUUGACUGCAGAGAGUGUGGACAAAGCUUCAGGAAGAAGUCUAAACUCAAAACCCAUUUUCUGUGCCACACAGGUGAGAAGCCAUGUGUCUGUGUUCAUUGUGGGAAACGUUUCGCAGAUAAGUAUAAGCUCAGUCUUCAUCUAAGGAUUCACACAGGAGAGAAUCUUUCUGUCUGUCCUCAUUGUGGGAAAAGCUACCGAGAUAAGAAAAAACUCACCGUUCAUCUGAGGAUUCACACAGGAGAAACCCCGUUUGUGUGCCCUGAGUGUGGGAAAGGCUUCAGGGCUGGAAGUUUUCUCACAUCUCACCUUUCAAUCCACACGGGAGAGAAACCUUUUGUCUGCACUGAGUGUGGGAUGGGCUUCAGGAAAAACUAUGAACUCAAAUCUCACCUUCAAGUUCACACAGGAGUGAACGAAUUUGUUUGCAAAGAAUGUGGGAAAUGUUUUAGGUACAGAAGUGAACUGAACAUUCACAUUAACUUACAUGCAGGAAAGACUUUCCCUUGUACGGAGUGCGGCAAAUCUUUUGUAUCAAAGAAGAAUCUGAAAAGACACCAAAUGAUCCACACUGGGGAGAAGCCACACGAGUGCACAGAAUGUGGGAAACAAUUCCUGGAAAAAAGUAAACUGAAGAGACAUCAUCUAAGUCAUACUGGAGUAAAACCAUUCAGCUGCUUUGAGUGUGGAGAACAGUUCACAUGGAAACACCAGCUCCAGUAUCACCAACUGAGUCACACUGGGGAGAGACCAUUUGUCUGUAGUGAGUGUGGGAAGAGCUACAAGAGCAAGUCUUCACUUACUGUGCACUGUCAUAUUCACACAGGGGAGAGACCAUUUGUCUGUAGUGAGUGUGGGAAGAGCUUCCAGACCAAGGCUUCACUUGCUCUGCACUGUCAUAUUCACACAGGGGAGAAACCAUUUGUAUGCCCUGAGUGUGGGAAAGGCUUUAGGGAUCCGACUAGUCUCAACAGUCAUGUUCGGAGGCACACAGGAGAAGAACCUUUUGCGUGUGCUGAGUGUGGGAAAACUUACACGGACUCCAGUACAUUGAAGAACCACCUUAAGCUUCACGUUAAAGGAAAAUAUUUUGCUCAUUCUGAAUGUGGGGAAAGCUGAAAAUCUGAGACACACCUCCAUGUUCAUCUUGAGAAAUUCUAAGUUUUUAUUUAGUGUUUUGGAACCAUCAGGAAUUGCCAUGAUCUAUAACUACCACAUUCACUGAGAUGAAACAACUUUUCAAUGGACCAUAUCAUGGCUUGUCUUGGGGUGAAGUUUAGCGUACCGUAAAUGUUUCAUGGAUUCACCAGGUGCUUUCCAAAAAUGUGUUUGUAUGAGACUUAUAUUUUCUUUAAACUUUUCAUAUAUUCUAGGGGAGGGUGGAGCACAAAUUUAUUCACACAAUGGGGCUAUCACUGUAAACUUAAGCAAAGGUUCAGACUUGUGCAUGAGGGUCAGGAGGGAAAUCUGGGAUGUGCCUUGAGUAACCAAAAAAGAAAAAUGUGUGGUGCCUCCUCCCAGUAAUGUGCAGGUGACUCCUGAGAAGGGAUUGAGUUACACACCUUUCCAAAAUAUUCUAUGUGUCACGCUGAACUGCACAAAAUAAACCAUUCCUUUUGA